CUAUGGAUCUAUCUAUGGAGCUCUCUAUGGAUCUAUCUAUGGAGCUCUCUAUGGAGCUCUCUAUGAAUCAGUGUAUAAAUCCCUCUGUAAAGCGCUCAUCUGUUUUAAUUCCCCGUCAGUAACUAGGAGUAAGGAGGAGCCAGUAUAACUAGGAGUGAGGAGUCAGGACAAGUGCAAACUUUAAUUAAAGACCGCGAACUCGAGCACAGUAGGAUGGAAGAAGCACAGGAGCUCCUGCACUGCUCCGCCUGCCUUACCAGGAUUGAUGGUAGAGCUAUGAAGGCUGGAGACAAAUAUUGGCACGAUGAGCAUUUCCUUUGCUCUGUUUGUGGAAUCAGGCUAAAGGAUACCAAGGUUUACCUGAAGAACCAAGAACUGUUUUGUGAGAACGAUUACAAAAAAUUUGUUCCACGCUGUGCAUCAUGUUCAGGAUUCAUUCUUAAGGAUUGUAUUAGAGCAAUGAAUCAGACUUUUCAUCCAGAGCACUUCCAUUGCUUUUCUUGUCAGACACCCUUUAAGGACGGAGAAGGAUUUCAUGAAUUCAAAAACAGUCCGUACUGUAAGAAUUGUUAUAUUGAAAGAGCUUGUGAAAAAUGCCAUGGUUGCUGCAGACCUAUAACUGAUACAGCUAUGAAGGCCAUGAACAACAGUUGGCAUGGUGCUUGCUUCAGGUGUAAGGAGUGUGGGGUCUCAUUUGAGGGGAAGAAGAACUUCUACAGCGUAGAGGGAGAGGCAGUUUGUGGAGAAUGUAUCGGAACCAUUGAGUAAAAUCCUCACCAAACUGCAUUAACCAAACUGUUCAACAAGCUGUUCACCAACCUGCAUUAAACAAACUGUUCACCAAACUGUAUUAAACAAACUGUUCACCAAACUGUUCACCAAACUGUUCACUAAACUGCCUUAACAAAACUAUUCACAAAACUGAUCACCAAACUGCAUUAACCAAACUGUUCACCAAGCUGUUAACCAUACUGCAUUAAACAAGCUGUUUAACCAAACUGCAUUAAACAAACUGUUCACCAAGCUGUUCAUCAAACUACAUUAAACAAACGGGUCACCAAACUGUUCACCAUACUGCAUUAAACAAGCUGUUCACCAAACUGUUCGACAAACUGUUCAGCAAACUAUUAAAAAAACUGUACAACUAACUGUUCAUCAAACUGUACACUAAAAUGUACGUACAUGACGUAUAACAAAUUACCGUAAAUAAAUCUUUACAUCAAUCUUCA